CUUUCUUCUUGUUCUUCCGUCGGACCAGAUCUAGUUCAUUUUUUUGAUCGAUUUAUUUAUUUUCUGCGUUUUUUUUAAUCGUAACCCUGUGAUUGUUUACCGGGAAACUGAGGGUCAAAGAAAAUUUUGUUGGGGGUGAAUUGGACUUUCUGGAAUUUCUCUCUUUCUGUGUUUUCCUGCAUUUUCUACGCUGCCAAAUGCCACAAUUUUGACUGCGUCAAACUCUGGGUUUGAUAUCUUGGCUGUGAAGCAAUUGAAAUCCAAUAUUGAAUACUUGGGUUCCUUGUUUUACUUUUCUACGCAUUUUCUCAGCAACCGAACAUCACAAAAAACAUAAAAUCACAUUCGUUUUGAAAUCUUUGAAUUAGAUAUUUGGGUAAUUAUAAAAGGGGGAAAUGCAGAGCAACACAGACAACGUUGAAAAGAGAUGUGGGAAUCAUGGUGGGGUGUGUGCAAUAUGCUUGGAUGAGAUUAUGCUUCAAGAAACUGCUCUUGUAAAAGGUUGCGAGCAUGCCUACUGUGCAACCUGCAUUCUUCGUUGGGUGACAUACAGCCAAAAACCCACCUGCCCUCAAUGCAAACAUCCAUUUGAGUUCCUGAAUGUCCAUCGUUCGCUUGAUGGCAGCAUACAGGACUACAUGUUCGAGGAGAGCGUGUGCUUACUUCUUAGAGCAAAAUGGUUUGAGCCUCUGAUUGUGGAGGAACGUGAAGAUGUAUAUGAUGACCCUGAUGAUUAUUAUUACCCCUACGAGGACGAAGAGGAUGAUGAUCUGGAUGAAGCUUACUUCAGCAGUUCAUCGAGUAUCCGAAUCGGUAAUCGAAGAUGGGGAGAUAAUGGAUAUGUGAGAGGUGGGCGUCAAGAAGCAAGGCCUGUUCACAGAUCAAACAUAGAGGACUCGGGUGCUAGUUCGUCUCGUGAGCCUAGGAAGAAAGAGGCCGCAAUGGAUAAAACUGGGAGACGUGCGAAGCGGGCGCUUAAACGUGAAGCUGCUGAUAAGGCUGCUGCAGCAAAACAUCAGCAGCAUUUGGCAAGGUUGGGCCGGAAGUAAUUCCCUUUAUGCAACUGCGUUAUAUGGCAGAUAUUGAAACCCUCCCACCCCAUCUCCUGUACAGUAAUUCCCUGACCUUUUAUCUUUUGGGUUAAGAUUGUAUUUGCCGUAACUAUGUGAAAUAAUGUAACAUUCAGAGGGAAGGAAAAAGGAAAAAAAAGAGAAAAAAACAAAAAAACAAAAAACAAGGACGCGGUGAAAUAAUGACUGACUGGUCCGUGUAUUCUUAAAAA